AAGAGGAAGGACCUCCGGAAGUGCCCCUCCUCAGUGCAAGAGAGGGAAUGGCUGGGGGCGGAGUCCCAGACGUGGUUGGUGCAACCCAGGUGACGUCAGAAUCAGCCCGCCCCUGCCAGAAUGGUGCGCCCUGAGUGACGUCAGGAGCAGAGGCCGGAGCUGUCCAUCAGCACCAAAGGCCGCGGGCGGGCUCAGGGCAUGGGGCCGCGGCUCCGGGGCAGCCCAAGCCCCAGCUCCUGCUCCUUUCCCUUCCCCGGGCCCAGCCCGAGUACCCGAACGCCGCGGGACUGGAGUGCCAGCCGGUGCUGGAGGCGGAGUAGCGACGCCGCAGCGCAGCGACCUGUUUCUCCGGCCCCGCAGCCCUCUCCCCGAACGGCGGACUUUUCCUGGACCCCAGUCAACUGGGCCUCUGGCUCCCCGCAACCCCGGAUCCUCUGGCCCCUGCACAGCCUCUUUCGCUCAGAAGCCCAGCUCGCCUCCAGCCCAGGCUGACCUAGGAGGGUGACUCUCUUCCAUUCCCAGCACUAUGCCGGGCACUAUGGCACCACUGCGGUUCCAGCUGCUGCCCCCUGAGCCAGAUGAUGCCUUCUGGGGUGCACCCUGUGAACAGCCCCUGGAGCGCAGGUACCAGGCACUGCCAGCCCUCGUCUGCAUCAUGUGCUGUCUGUUUGGAGUCGUCUACUGCUUCUUUGGUUACCGCUGCUUCAAGGCAGUGCUCUUCCUCACUGGGUUGUUGUUUGGCUCAGUGGUCAUCUUCCUGUUGUGCUACCGAGAGCGGGUGCUGGAGACACAGCUGAGUGCCGGGGCAAGUGCAGGCAUCGCACUGGGCAUUGGGUUGCUCUGCGGGCUGGUGGCCAUGCUAGUACGCAGCGUGGGCCUUUUCCUAGUGGGGCUGCUGCUUGGUCUGCUGCUCGCUGCUGCUGCCCUGCUGGGCUCUGCACCCUACUACCAGCCGGGCUCUGUCUGGGGCCCACUAGGGCUGCUGCUCGGUGGCGGCCUACUCUGUGCCCUGCUCACGCUGCGCUGGCCCCGACCGCUCACCACCCUGGCCACUGCUGUGACUGGUGCUGCUCUCAUCGCCACCGCCGCAGACUACUUUGCAGAGCUGCUGCUGCUGGGACGCUAUGCAGUGGAACGACUACGGGCCGCCCCUGUGCCCCCGCUCUGCUGGCGGAGCUGGGCCCUGCUGGCACUUUGGCCCCUGCUCAGCCUGAUGGGCGUUCUGGUGCAGUGGCGGGUGACGGCCGAGAGGGACUCCCACACGGAAGUGGUAAUCAGCCGGCAGCGACGACGUGUGCAGCUGAUGCGUAUUCGGCAGCAGGAAGAGCGCAAGGAGAAGCGGCGGAGGAAGAGACCCCCUCGGGUUCCCCCCAGAGGCCCCAGAGCUCCUCCAAGGCCUGGGCCCCCUGACCCUGCUUAUCGGCGCAGGCCAGUGCCCAUCAAACGCUUCAAUGGAGACAUCCUCUCCCCAAGCUACAUCCAGAGCUUCCGGGACCGGCAGACAGGGAGCUCACUGAGCUCCUUCAUGGCCUCGCCCACAGAUGUGGACUAUGAGUAUGGGUCGCAGGGCCCACUGACAGCCUGCUCGGGGCCCCCUGUGCGGGUAUAGCAGUAUAGCUGUUUCUGCCCACCUAGACUCUGUGGUCACCAGCUCUGCCAGCUUGGGGAGGUCUGCUGGGCCACCACCCAGCCAAU